GUUAGCUACAAAUGUAUCGCAACGUAAUGGAAGAAAAGGAUUUCCAUUUAAUUAGUAAUAAUAGAGCCAUCGUGUUUCACAUUUUUAAUCCCGCAAGGGAUUGCGCUAACAGCUUUUUUUUAUUAUAAAGUGUACAUGAAGACACUUAAUGACUUAACUUUUUGUAUCUGUAAAUCAUAUUAAAAAUUUUCUCGCACUAGUUUUUAGUAGACGUCAUAGAUAAAAGAUCAGCUUUUAUCUGCAAAAUAUGUCAAAAUAUUAUGAAAAGUUGCCAAAUGAGCUCAUAUUGGAUUUACAAGUAAGCCUUGGUGAGACUAGAGGAAUUCUAAAAUAAAUUAUCCUUAAAAUGAAAUUCGAAAAGAAUGUUUUUUUGUUAAAAUAUUAAAUUUUCAAAAAAUUGGGCUUUUUUGAAAAUUCAGUAUCUCAUCAACAAACAAAUGUUCGUUUUGUUUGAAAUUCUUAAGAUAUUUUUUCAUAGUCAACAUAUCUAGUUAUGAACAAAAUCUUAAUUCGAAAUUCUAUUAUUUGUCGUUUCUUGAUAAAUGUCUAAGACAGAGUCAAAAAAUCACCUUGAAAAUCCAAUAUAAACAUAGAGAAAAACACACUCAAAGAGGAAUGUUAUGAGAUAGAUAUUCAUCUUCUAUACUAAAUCUUUGUUAAAUAGAGUAUUGAUGGAGUGAUGCAGUAAUCAAAAUUACCAUGAUAAACAAGUGAAUUUAAGGUAUUUAUAUCUUCGUAAUACAUUACAAUUACAAUCUUUCGUUACGUGAAUUUAUCAUUGUUCACAUUUUAAUUCCAUACGAUUCAAGGUAAUAGGUUUAUUUAUUUAUUUUCUCAUUUCAUUAUGUUUAGCUACAGGUUUAAAUCUCAUUCAAAAAUUCUAAGUUUGUAAUCAUUCGUUUAUACUAUAUCGAAUAAACCUUUAAAAUUAAUAUUUCUCUAUAUAUUAACAGAAGGGAUUAACUGAUGUUGGAAUUUUAAAGUUAUUGCUAUUAUCUUUUUUUUGAUUCAUUAAACAGCUUCCAUGAAAGAGAAGUCCAUUGCACGAUACAGUCUUCAAGCUGCAUCUUUUCAAUCAUGAUUCAAAUGUCAUUUAUACAUUUCAUUGUAUUCAAUGAAAAUUCAUAUGAUAAUAAAGAAAUACUGAUUAGAUCAGCUAUACCACAUUCUUUUAAAGAUUAUAAAAUAUCGUUUCUUAUUAAAGCUGCAGAAAAGAAAUUCAAAAUCAACAACGUAACAGUGUCAAAAAUGUUUCUUAUAAAAGAAAAAAUGAUUCUAAACAACACAUAAUUGUUGAUGUUUGGGGUCAACAUCCAACAUGAAAUCACAUUCAGGAUCUUAUAUUUGACAGUUUACUUCGUCAGACAAAAGCACUAGCUUAUAUGAAACACAAAGUGUAUUUUCGGCAAUAGCCAUACUUUAUGCAGCUAAUGUUGAUCAAUGCUUGAUAUGCUUCGAAUAAAGUAAUGAUUUCGAAUGAUAAAAUAUCCAAUUUUGUUUCUCAAUCAAAUGGACUAUUAAUUGGUAUUGAUUCGGUUGAUAUUACUCGGCAUGUGUUAGUGAUGCGUGAAAUUCGUCGAUGUGUAGAAAAAUUUACUUUUAAAGGAACACGUGUGUUCUUUCUUGAUUACAAAUAGGUCAUACUGGUCCAUUGGUGCCAUCUGAAGUUGAUCAUCCGAUAUAUAUAUUGAUCAUAUAGCACUUGAUUUACCUGAUUUAAUGAUUAUUGCAAGUCAUAUUGGAUAUCUGUAGAUUGAAGAAGCUAUUACCGUUGCUACUAAACAUCUGAACAUUUAUACUGAUAUUUCUGCUUAUACUAUUCAAUGUUAUCCUCGCGCUUUAAUUGAAUAUAUGAAAAUUCACGGUCGUAAUAAAGUCUUGUUUGGUACUAAUUAUACAAUGAUUACACCUGCUGAAGUUCUUGAUGGUCUUAAUGAUUUAGGUCUUGAUGGAAAAACUCAUGCUCUCUUGCUUGGGUAG